AACACUGACAUUUGAUGUUUGUGAUGUAACACCGGGGAAAGAAGUGAUAUUCACGGUUCUAACAUUAAUAUUUUCCGAUUGUAAAAUUUUUGUUUUUCAUUGAAAAGAAAUAAUUUUACAACUUGUUUACAAUGAGCACCACAAUUCAGACGGGUAACUCAUGCUCGUUAUGCGAAAGAAUCGGCUUGAGACCACUUACCAAGCAAAACAUUCUGUAUUACUAUGCCCCCCUCAAUGGAAUGGUCAGCUACGCAGCAAUGUCAAUAAAUGUCAUGAAUCCGUCACUUGCAUAUAGAUUGUUCCCCAAGCGAGAUGUGACCAACUUUUUGUUAAUCCACACUUUGUUUGGAACAACUUUGUACGUUUUCAGUAGACCACAUUUGCAGAGUGUCGACAGCAAGAAGAGGGUAGCUUACAGCAUUCUAGGCAGCUCGAUGUUUACAUUCGGAUCAAUUUUGUUCUGGGCCAUUGCUCGAAAUGCAUUGCCGAAGGAUAAUAACGCAUUGUCCACUGCUGUUGGAGUUGCUAGCGGUUUUGCCAUCGCCAGAUUAGGAUAUGACUACUUCAGUCAUGUCGAUUCGAAUGUAGUGGCGAAAACCUCGUAAAUAAUUUGAGUGAAGGAAAAAUUGGUCGAUCCGUUUCAAUGUUUGCUAAUCUAUAGUUUCUGAACUGAUUUUUAGAUCCUUUGCUUUUAUCUUUUUUCUAUUUCAUAUUUUCAAGCAAUUAAUUGUGGUAACCCAAAAAAGAAAUGUGAAAGAAAAUACAUAAAAUAGUAGAAACGAAAAA